AUGUGUGAAACUCGCAGCGAGGCCAAAACAAUGCCGUCUUUCGGGUCCUGUCUUACGCAACAGUGGACCUUUCGUUCAUUCGCUUUUUUUUUUCUUUCCUUAUCAUUUUCUCAAUUUACGAUCUCCCCGUGUAACGUUACAUUCGUUCUUAAUUUCCUAUUCUCUCUUUCUUUUUUUUUCAUUAUUUCAUUCUUUCUUUCUUUGCGUUUUUUCUCCGAAAGAAUAACUCUUUUCACCUUUCUUAUUUAUAGCUUUCUGUCUUUCUUUUUUCUUUUUCAUUCUGUAGUAUCCAAUUUAGUUUGUACAUUUCUCUUCCAAACAUUUUCUCCAUCCACACUUCCUAUUUCUAUGGCUAUCUAUUCGUCUAUCGUCCUGUGUGUUUCUUUUCCAUUCUGUUUCUUCGUCUUUAUAUCUAUUUUUCUUAUAUUCUUUUAUACUUUUAUACGAAUUUUGUUUUCAUUUUUUGAAAUCUCUCUCUCUCUCUCUCUCUCUCUCUCUCUCUCUCUCUCUCUCUCUCUCUCUCUCUCUCUCUCUCUCUAUCAAUUUAGUUUGUACAUUUCUCUUCCAAACCUGUUCUUCACUGUCUCUGGCUAUCUAUUUGUCUAUCUGCCUGUGUCUUUCUUAUCACGGUAUUGCUUUCAUCGUCUUCUUUUAUUUAUAUUCUUCUUCCUCUUCUUUUCUUUUCUCUUCGUUCUUUUCUGUUUUUCUGAUUUUCCUCUUUUUGUUUUUCUCUUCUUCCUCUUUUUGUUUUUCUCUUCUUCCUCUUUUUGA